AUGUCCAAUUUCGGCGCCAAUGCAAUUCUUCGAGGGGCACAGCUUACCCUCGUGGGUGUGCACCGAGCCCUCCAGAACCCUGCCCUCUUCACCUCCGAUCACUACCGCCAGGCAGCUAUAGCUGUUGCCGCAGGCAUCCUCAUCCGUCUCGUUGUCGCCAUUCCCAUCAUCGGUGUAAGAGUUUUACUAUGGUUCCUUUCGCUGGUCAUCAACAUGGACCACGCCCAAUGGGAUGACGAUGUCGUGAGCGGCCUCCAUUUCCUCGAGCAUACUGUCCUCCAGGUCCCUUUCUUCCUGAUGACACUGAUGCGCUACAUCACCCCAACUCUUGACAAAAUGUUCAUGGAUUCCCUCCAAUGGGUGGAUACUACCUACGUCAAGAAGCACGCUUCCGAGAACCCGCACAACCUACGCGCACUAUACUACCCAAAUCUACACAUGUACGAUUCGCACGCCCCCAAGGAACCAAAGGACAAAAAGGAUAUCAAGAAAACCAUUAUGAUCUUCCUAGUCAAGUACGGGCGGAAAGCCGGCAUCUCUCUAGCCGUCCUUGCUUUAUCAUACAUUCCCUACGUUGGUCGUUUCGUACUCCCUGCAGCCAGUUUCUACACAUUUCAAGGAGCAGUUGGACAGCAACCAGCACUCCUCAUCUUCGGAACGUCUUUGGUCUUGCCCAAGAAGUAUCUGGUAACCUUCCUACAAGCUUACUUCUCUUCCCGCACCCUCAUGCGUGAGCUCCUGGAACCAUACUUCGCGCGCGUCAGAUACUCGAAAGAACAGAAGAAAAAGUGGUUCAAAGACCGAGCAGGCGUUCUCUUCGGUUUCGGUCUGGGAUUCUACGUCUUCGUCAAGAUCCCUCUCGUCGGUGUCCUCAUCUACGGGUUGGCAGAGGCUUCUACGGCCUAUCUGAUUACGAAAGUAACGGAGCCCCCGCCUCCUCCCUCUGAGGUUGAGGCCUUCAAGGCCGAGGACGUGAGAUGGAAAAACAAGCACGAAUUCCUGAGCUUGCCAUGGGAGAAGCUCGACGCAUACAAUGUCGCAAUGCAUGAACCGGUCAAACAAUCUGAAGUUCGACAAACUCCUCGAAAGCAAUUCAGCUGA